GUGAAAAAACUUCGCGAGAGCUUUUGUUGUACAAGCACACGGCGUCGUCUUGGCAACUUUGAGCCGCUGGGAUAUCGAAUAACAAACAUGAGGCCAAUGUUUGCUGCCUACGGGACGUCCAGCUGAAGAAAUUAAGAAAGUAACCGACUCCAGCUGUAAGGAUGAUACCAAUGUUUUAAUCUUUCUGGUAAGGGGAGUGUCUGCUGCCUGAUCAUGACUGCUGUGGUUGGACCUGGGGCUAAUGUUUCAGAGCUAUGUGAAGAAGGAGACAGGCUCCUUGAGGCUGGAGAGCUAGGAAGAGCUACCAGUCUGUAUAUGUCUGCCUUCAGGACUCAUGCUGCCUCCACCAUGUCCCACAUGCGGAAGUUAGAGUCCAGCCUGGAUGGAGUGAUCACUACUCUAGAAGGCUGGCUUGAUGGCAUUGGGGACAAUCAGCCUGUUGAAGGUCUCAAUAAAGGCCUUGCAGCCGUGUUUCUGUCCACACUGUGCCCCAAUAAUCUGUCAGCCACUGUUUUCAAAAUGGAGUCCCUGCUUCAGAGUGGUGGGCAUAGCUGUAAGGAGAUUUUUGCUCGCUGCACUGCUCUGCUUGAAGGAAAGCAAAGUUUUCAUCCACAAGGUGACACUGGUAUUGUGUUGGAGAUAACCCGAGCCCUGGCUUGCUUGUUCUCUGAACCUCACAGUGUUAAAGGGUUGAAACUUUACCUCAGAACUUACCUGUGUAACAAAUCAGAAACUGUCACUCUCAUUCAAAGCAGACAAGCCCAGCACCUCCCAAAAAUAGUUGGGGCAUUUAUAGACCAAUUACUGAAAAUACAUCCUUCUUUGAUGUUUGACAAUGAUGACUGUGCAAUAACGACAAAGGAGAAUGAAAAGCUUGGUGUGGAAGCUUCUCCUACAGUUAUCAACUUCUUGGUAUCUAUCUCUCCUGAUAACAGACAAGUACAGGAAGUCCAAGCAGCAUAUUUGUUUUUGACAGGCAAGUUUGGGGACAGCGCAGAGGUGUACUCUGCUCUCUUGCAUCAUGGUGAUUGUCAGAAAACAUCAGAGAGUAGUGAAAACAAGUCAUUCAAAGACACUGCUGAGACAAGAGCGAGGCUCUUAACCAGUCGAGCAGCAGCUUACUUGUCAGCAGGUGGACGGGCUACAGAUGCGUGCAGGGACCUGGGAGAGGCUUUUGAAUUCCAUCCUGCUACUUCCAGGAUUUACUUCCAAAAGUUAUUCACAGAACAAGGUACAGGAAUGGCUGCUCGCAACCAUCUCCGUCAGCAGGCAGAGAGGGGCCUGUCUGGUUACAGAGAACAGGUUCUCAAUCGCCCAGACCUUCGGUCUACUGAGGGAGUUGAACUUCUAGAUCCUGUGAUCACUCAGUUACGGACUCUGUGCCAUUUGGAGCCUGACGGGGGAGGAAGAGAGCUGCGGGUCCGACUGGCUGACUGUCUUCUCCUCAGAGGAGAGCACAAAGAGGCCCUCUCUAUCUGCAGCCAGCUUGCUGCUGCCCAAGGUCAUCAGAGCUAUCAGAACACAGUACAGGUUCUCCGAGGAUAUGCCAGACUUCUCUCUGAUGACCACAAGGGGGCGCUAGAAGACUUCCAGGCUGUUAUUGAGCACAAUGCUCCCCAUCCAUCCAGCUGUGUGCGGGCACUGUGUGGCAGGGGCCUUCUGCGUAUGACGAGUGGCUUGAACUACCUCACGGCCCUGGAUUACAUGACCGCCAGUCGGCUACAGCCACAGGAAACAGCACUGACCGUUCGCUGCUUGGUGCCAUGGAACUACCGGGGUCUGCUGGUCACUGUUUUACUGGAACAGGGACAGACCAUGUUGGAGGGGACAGGAGAGAAUGGUUCCAAGUCCUGUAAUACUGAAGACUCUCAACAGCAUCAGAAGGGAGGUCCGUUGCAGGUCUUAUCAAAGAAGGACAGCCAGAGAUCAGGAACUCCUGCUGGGGUUCACUCCUUGGCUCUGCUAUUGAUGGAGCUCCAGCCUGGGACUGAUGGAUCGCAGAUCCUGGCAGCAGAUGCCUUGUACCAGCUGGGUCGGGUGGAAGAGGCGUAUCGGCUGUUACUUUCCAUUGGACCCAGCGGUCCACGAGCCCCCAUACUAGCUCGCCUGGCCCUGCUGCAGCUGCACAGAGGUUUUCUAUACGACACCAAUCAGCUGCUGAAAAAGCUCAUCCAUUGUGGUGAUACAUGCUGCUUGCGCCCCCUGUUGGCAGUGGCACAACAAAAGGACCGGGCUUUGCUGCAUGCACACUGUCACUCUGCUGCUAAACGCAUCCUGGAGGGAACGAGAGAGGAGAGUGCUGUCAGGGAGGCUGUGGUCUAUCUCUCCAUCGCUAUCAUGGCUUCUGGUGGGGAGGCAGCAGACUCUUUGCUGGAGCGAGCAAGGUGCUAUGCCUUGCUGGGCCAAAGAAAGACUGCCAUCUUUGAUUUCAGUGCCAUUCUGAAGGAGCACCCGAAACAUGUUCAUGCACUCUGUGGAAGAGGAUUCACAUAUCUUAUGCUGAACCAACAACAGGAAUGCACUCGUGAUAUCCUGGCUGCACUUCAGAUAAACACAGACAUAGUUACCAAAGACAUCUUGUCACUCAAGGACAGGGCACGAAAGCUGGUCUGUGAAUGGCUGCAUCAGUUCUGUCGGACUAAUCUAUCAGACAUCCUGGUUACUAACACUGUCCCCUGCCAUGAGGAGCAUCUCAGAGAGGCCUUUAUAAUAGGUGGAGCUCUGAUGAGGACUGACUGCAGGGACCCCAGGUGGCAUCUCCUCUAUGUGGACACACUGUUAGCUAAAGGUGAAGUGAAGGCAGCAUGUGCUCAUCUGUGCCAGGUGUUUGGCCAGGAGCCAAGGGAUGCAGUAGCUCAGGCCCGACUGGGUGUGGUGGAAGCCUGGCAGCAGAACUACAGUGGUGCAGCUCGCCGGCUCAGCAAACUGACUGAGAAAGAUUCAUCUAGUCUGGACUUCCUGCUGGCCCUGAUCCCAGUCAGUCUGUGGAAACGCACCGCACAGGCAGCAGCACAGGAAGCCAGCAGUGUGUCAUCAAGUGGCCACUGGGAUCAGGCCCUCGCACUCCUGAAUGUGGCAGUUUACGCAGUUGGCAGUCACAGACUUCAGUAUCUCCGUCAGCGAGCUGCCUGUCUCGCUCAGUUGGGCUUGCAUGAGCGUGCCAUAGCAGACCUGGACAGAGUUAUCCAAAGACACGGGGAAGCUGACACCAGCUCCUCAGAGGAACCUCAAGUCUGGGCGGAGGACCUUUGCCGACGUGGCCGCAGCCUGGUGCUGUGCUCCAGAGAGGGAGCGGCUCUAGGGGACUUCAUGCAAGCCCUGAAGCUCCACAGUGACCAGACCAUUCAGUGUGUGGAGACGAGUCUGGGGAGGCAGCGUCUGGCUGAGUGCUUCCUGCGGGGAGCGCUGCAGCACUAUGGAGAGCAGCAGCUCAGUAAAGCCUGGACUAUGAUUGAAUGUGGCCUCAUUAUGGAUGCUGAAAAUGCAGAGCUACGAAGACUGAGGGCAAAGGUCAAACGAGAAGUGGCCAGUCCCUGUAAUGUCAACUAGAGGGAUUGUUAGAAUGAAAGAAGAGCUCCGGCUGAGGUGAUGUAAUAUAGUUAUCUAAGUGUCUACCUUCAAGCUUCUGUGAGGAACUGUUAGUGUAAUCAUCAUGAAUCUUUGCAGUAUAAUGUAUUAAGAAGCUGGUUUGGCACCUACCUGGUAACAGAGGCAACAAGCAUUAAUUGUUUAGUGAUAAUUCGGUCCAGUCCCUGAUGGUCUUAUUUCUUUGUAGCCUAAAAAGGCGCUUCUGUACUUAGAUCAGUCUUUUUCAUGACCAGCUAAAAACUCCUCACUGGAGCGUUCUUUACAUUUCAUGGAUUAGGGCUCAAAUGAAAAUCACAUGUUGUAGAGGCAUGUUUAAAAAUUCUUUAAGGACCUUUAAUUGCAAUUAAUCACAUGUCUUCCACUUUUUUAAAUUCAGGAUCUUUAUAG